AUGACGACACACGCCCAACCUCCAUCGUCAUCAGCGCUCCCAGCGCAACAACAAUCAACCUCGCAAUCCACCUUUACCUUUCCACCACACUAUUCCUUCCCCCCCUUCUUCACCCUCCAGCCCGUCGCCUCCACCCGCUCCUCCCAACUCCAAUCCUGGUCCACACUUAUCCAAGCCUACUGCCGCCACCACCGCAUAUUCAGCCUCUCGCUCAUCGACGCCCUCCCCACCCCGCUCUUCACAAACGCCAAACUAGGCCGCUCGCUGUCCCUGCGCGAUGCAAAAGCUGUGCUGACAUGGAUGGCCAGCCCUGAGGGCGGCAACAGGGCAGAAUGGAUACCAACGGGGACGAACAAGAAGUCCAAGGGAGACGAGGGCGAGGGUGGCAAGGCGUGGAUCUACUGGCGGAGACCGGAGGAAUGGGCUGUUGCGCUUGAGGAGUGGGUGGAGAGGACGGGGCAGAAGGGUACGGUGCUCACGCUGUAUGAGAUUGUAGAGGGGGACGCGAGUUUGCGCGAGGAGUUUGCGGGCAUGGAUAUGGAGUUGUUGCAGAAGAGCUUGGGGGUUUGUGUGAAGAGAGGGAAGGCGCAGAUUUUUGGCGCAGAGGGCAGUGAGGGUGUGAAGUUAGACUCGGUCAAUGUAUCGUUUUUCAACAUCGACGAGUACAUCAUCAUGUUGGAUCAAGCGAAGCAACUCCAGAUCAACAGAAGGUGGUCUCAGCUCGGCAGAGGGGCACACGCGAUUGUGGAUACUGUGUUCAUGGCGGUCGAUCCGCACAUCAUCUUAGACCCCCGUGAAGUGUAG